CUGAAACCUUUCUGCCUGUUUAUUCAGGCGCAUGUUGUAGCUCGCAGAAGCCUCGAGAAACACUGUACACUGUAUGUUUUGAGCAAUGAUAGAGACUUUGGUGUGAAACGGGCUUCGGAUUUAGCGACCUGCUGAGAACUUAAGGCUUGAAUAGGAACCUGUAAAGUAUCAACAUGGCUGACAACAGUACACAACCUCAAGCUCCCAGUAAGCUCAAUCAAGUGCAGGAGCAGGUUAAUGACGUCAAAGUUAUCCUCAAAGACAACAUUAACAAAGUGCUGGAAAGAGGAGAGAGAUUAGAUGACCUGAUUGGAAAAACAGAUGACCUGCAAGCAAGUGCUGACUCAUUUCAAAGGACCUCCACGAGAGUUUCCAGAAAGUUUUGGUGGAAGAAUAUGAAAAUGAUGAUUAUAAUCGGAGUGAUAGUGCUCAUCAUUGUUGUGCUGAUCAUUCUUUUGGCAACAGGAGUCAUUCCCACAUAAUGUUCUCAGUAUCUUCCUGUUUCCUUAUGAAGUGUAAACAUGUGAAGCAGACCCUAACCUGUCUUAAAUGUUGUUUGUUUUAAAUAGGUUUUAAUUUUGUAUUAGUUUUGUUUUGACAUUUUCAUUUCUUUUAGCAGAUAGUAAAAUGCUUGUAAAUAUUAAUGCAAAUGAAUAUAUAUAUAUAUAUGAGACAAAUGAGACAUUUGUAUAUCCACUCCAGCUGAAAGGCUUUAGUCUGAGACUAAGCACUGUGAGUUUAUAUAUGUGUGUGUAUAUAUAUAUACUUAUACAUUUAUCUUAGAGAUAAAUCACAAAUCAAUGUUUCCUUCUUAAGGUCCAUCAAACACUUCAAACUGAUGAAUGUUAAAGUUAAUUGUUACCUAUAUCCUCCUCCAGACCUUUGAAACCUUUACAGCCGUGAUUUAUUUUUGCAAAUGACUGAUUAACUCCGAGUCAGUCAAUAUGACGGGAAAAGUAGGGAAGUAUUUGAUUAUAUUUUUAUUUGUUUUACACAAUGUACGUUGUGUUGAUGUUGAAUUUAGAAUAUGAAACCUUUUUUUCUGUACUGUACCCUUUAUUGGACAUUACCACAAAAUGACGUACACUUUAACCAGACCGAUGUUCAACCCAGGAAGUACUGACUGGCAUGUAAAUACUGUUUAUUGUGUAAGAUAACAAGAUUGCUUGUAAUAAAAUGAGACUCUGGAAUGCUCACAAGGAAGAAACCUGA